GAGUUUCAUUUCACUCUAGUUCUUGUAAUGCUGGUUAUGAUUAGGACAAUGCGAAAAUGCUUAAACAAGAAUUUAAUAAAUUUGAUCGUAACGUACGCGAAGCAUUGGAAAUACAGUUCCAGGACACCUCACCGCGUAGUGAACAUGGCCUUAAUCUAGACGAUGGUCAGUAUGUGACGACGAAAUUCUUGAAGCCAAUGUUCGCGUACCUUAAACGGAAGUCGUUACAGUGACGUCGUUUUGAUGUCAAUGUAAUGACAACCGUUAAAAAAUUUUGUAUAGUCUGAUUAAGACCUCCAAUAUGGAGGUCGAAAUAUUACCAUAAAAGUAUAUAUGCUGAACGACCAUGUAUAUGUUUCUUUAAAGUAUAUGUAAUGUACAUUUUCUACUCAACUUAAAAAACGAUUAUCUUUUUCAUAUUUUGGACAUAUAUAUAUAUAUAUCUUUCACUGAUGCCAAGUUUUAAUUUUCCUGUAUUCAUACGUCAUAUGGAAUUAUGAAAUUCUGUGUGUAUUUGCACAUUUUUAAGAUUCUUAAUUGCGUAAGGUAUAUAAAUACAGUAUUUUUUCAAAAAAUGAAAUUAAAAGAACUACAAAAUAACAUAAUUUUUUAGAUCGUUUUUCACUGAAACAGCAAAAAAAAUUGUUGUCCAACACAAAAUACACAAGGGUUUCGACUUGCACUCUAGGUUUACCUGUACUUUAAGCAUUCUCCCAAUAAAAGUUGACCAAAUAGCUAAAAUUGUGUUGUUUGAAAUAACGUAUUAUGCAUAAUCUCUUCAUAAGUUUAUUAAAAAAAAUAAUGUUACUUAUAUAUAAAUCAAAUUGCAAAAGUCAACACGUAUUUCUGGUUUAUAACUAUUAUAUAUCCAAAACCUCUAGUGUAAAGUUAUAUCCCGCAUAAAAUUUCAAUGUGCUAUAUUCUCUUUUAUUGACCUUUUCACAGUUUAAGUUGUUCACUUAUUUUCUGUAUUAAAAAAGGAAGUAAACGGAGUGAAUUUAAUAAGACCAUGGGCAUUAUAAAUAUUUUGUAUUUUCUAAAAAAAAUGGUUUUAAGGCAUGAAAAUUUAGUAAGUUAUUGCCAGUAACCCUACUUAAAACAUAUUGAAUGAUUUGUAACUUUUCUUAAUUCAUAACAGUUUACUUCCAUUUUUCAAUUCUCAAAAAAGAGCAUUGUAACAAAAGAAAGAUUUAUUUAAACAAUAGUUAGUUAAAACUGUGAACUCUUGUAUUGCCUAAUUUAUUUAAUGUUUUUAACAUCAUUUUUAUUUUUUUAUUCUGUAUAUGUUUUGUGACAACUGCUAUUUUAUAAAGGUUAGCCAUGUUUGAUGUUUGGUGCCUUAUUGUCUAUCCUUAUUCAUAGGAAAUACUUUUUCUUAGUUAUAAAGAUAAAGAACCAAUAUUGAACUAAACUGCUAGCUUGACAUGAACGCUGCUAGGAAAUAUCCAAAACGAACACAGAUUGACCCUUGGCAAGCAUUAAUAGAGAAAGGAGAUCCUGAGGAGGGUUUCCAAAAAUAUUAUAUUCAUUCAAAAAUUGGUUUUGGAGUGUUCGCAUCAAAUGAAUAUAAGGAAAAUUCUCCACUACUCCUUUACAGGGGAGAAUUGAUAACCCAGGAGGAGGCUCGGAAAAGAUACCAGAACUAUCAAGAGGAAGGGCUGGGAAACUACUUGUUUGACUUUAAUAGCAAUGGUGAAAAAUUAUGCAUUGAUGCCACACAUUCCAACUGCUUGGCGAGAUUCGUGAAUGAUGCCCCAUCCCGGUGUGCCAAUUGUAAAAUGGUGUUACUGGUUCGUGACAAAGUGCCGUAUCUAGGCUUAAAGUCUCUAAAACUCAUAAAGACUAAUGAAGAGCUUAGAUACGAUUAUGGUGACAAAUGCAUGUUGUCUUGGAGAAAGCAGAAGAACUUGUGUGUACCAUUACAUUUAAAAGAUAUAAAGAAUCAGGGUAAUCAAAAGCUGCAGCAGAGUUCCAAGGUUUUAAAAUUAAUUGCACCUGUUAACAUGGCAUCUGUUUCUUGUGCUAACGUUGGCAAAAGAAAUAGUGCAGAUGAUCUUAGUCAACCACCCAGAAAGCUAAAAAAGAUCUCCCAUGCUAGUAUUCUGAAACUGAAGGAAGGGCAAAAAACUGUAAUUGAGGUUCUACCUCAAUUACAGUUUUUUGCCCUACCUACAAGUUUGUUCAAGCCAUUAAUAUAUAAGACGAAGAUUCCUAAUCUUCACUUUGAAAAGGGCUGUCUGUUUAAAAUCGACAAGGAAAUCAGAAGAUAUGACUCGUGUGAUACAAGGGCCACUAUUUUAAAACCUCAAGAUGUUGCCAAUGAUGGCUUUUGUGAAUGUUGCAAGAUACGUUACACAUCACUGCAACAGCACCUCGACAGUGAUCGUCAUAAAAGCUUCGUUACUAAUAAAGAAAAUUAUGAUAAAGUCGACCAGUUGAUAGCUAAAGGAGUUAGUUUUGACGACUUUGUCGAAGCAUGCAAGAAGAAAGCUGCUAAAAAGAUUCUGAAAAGAUGCAGGAUUUCCUUUGGUUGUGAACAAUUAAAAAACGAAUUGAAAUUGGACAUUGGAAACACGAGCGACGAAACCAAAAAAGAAAACAAAGAAAGUCCUCUUAACGAUGGUCGACAAUUUGAGGUUACCUUCGAAGGGAUCGAACCUUUGGAAGAAACUCCUCUUAACGAUGCUCCACAAUGUGAUGCUACCGUGACAGGCGUCGAACCUUUCAAAGAAACUCCUCUUAAAGAUGCUCCACAAUGUGAUGUUACCGUGACAGGCGUCGAACCCUUCAAAGAAACUCCUCUUAAAGAUGCUCCACAAUGUGAUGUUACCGUGACAGGCGUCGAACCCUUCAAAGAAACUCCUCUUAAAGAUGCUCCACAAUGUGAUGUUACCGUGACAGGGGUCGAACCCUUCAAAGAAACUCCUCUUAAAGAUGCUCCACAAUGUGAUGUUACCGUGACAGGGGUCGAACCCUUCAAAGAAACUCCUCUUAAAGAUGCUCCACAAUGUGAUGUUACCGUGACAGGGGUCGAACCCUUCAAAGAAACUCCUCUUAAAGAUGCUCCACAAUGUGAUGCUACCGUGACAGGCGUCGAACCCUUCAAAGAAACUCCUCUUAAAGAUGCUCCACAAUGUGAUGCUACCGUGACAGGCGUCGAACCCUUCAAAGAAACACAUGGUGUUGACUUCAGGAGCGAAACUGUAAAAAAAUAUAAAUACAAACGGCAACAAUUUACCUGUCCAGUGUGUAAGAAGGCAGUAUAUAAUCUCCCGAGACAUCUUCAGGGAAAAGAUCACAAAUGGACGGCCGAGUCUGCCAAGGCUGUAGUCAGCCAUUUUUCUUUACGAAAAAAAAAGAUCAAGAAUACUGCUACUGAAAGUUCAUCGAAGCAGGACUAUCACACCCUUCGUAUAUGUCCGUUGGGACAGUGUGUCAAAGUCGUGAAAAGGUUAGACGACCACCUUUUAAAUUUUCACAAGAUGAAACGCGAUACAAAAUAG